AGGCAUGGUCGAAGGAGGUGCUGGCAGCUAGUUAUUCUCUGAACCUCUCCGGCAAGGAGGCUUUGUGGCUCACAGCUACUGACGUUUUCAUUUGCAUAGCUGUAUUUUCUAUCUGGCUUGCAUCCUGAAUUCGUCAGACAGUUAUUCUGUUUACCUCAAAACACGCGCUUGUCAUAGAAGGGAAACUGGAAAAGGUGCAAGGACCUGUGUGUGAAGUUAAUGUAGUUGACCGACUUUUGGAGGGGCACGCAGAGUUUUAUGCUGUCACCGCUUUGUUUAAACAGACCUUCUUCAGUGAUGUGAACCAUCCACUGUAUCCUGACAGCCUGUUGACCCGCAGAUCCGUACAUUCUUUCAUCAGUGCUCCAUCUCUCAUCAAAGCCAUAGACCCCCACAUACUGUGAGCACUGCCACACAUUACCAAUGAAAUAAGCUUAUUUCACUGGACUACAGUAUCAUCAAUAUAAGGAUAAACGCCUAUCCAGUGUUGAUAGUCAGGAUGGGAUAACUGCCACCCCCCAACCCUACCCUUACCCCCCGCCAUCACCAAAGCCAUCACACUCAGACCCCUCAACCAUGACCCAGUCCCCGGACCGAGACGGCCCUUUGUUGCAGAUCAAGAAGGUGGAAUCCAGCCAGGCUGCAGUGCGUGAGCUCUCCCCUGUCUUUGGUGCUUCUUCCUCGGCCUUGGCCCCGCUGGAGAGCCACCCCAUCUGCAUCCCGACGCCCUACACGGACCUGGGCCACGACUUCGGCACGCUGCCCUUCUACGGCUCGGGUCUCAUGAGCUACAGCGGGCCGUCCAUCGCCGACUGCCCCCCUGUGCGCCAGUCACUCAGUCCCACGCUCUACUGGCCGCCGUCCACGCACCACGGCCAUGUGUCCCCAUUGGCCGUGCACAUACCACAGUCCCGCCUCCAGCAUGAACAGCCAACCCAUGGGGUCUGGACGGAGCUUACAGAGGAGAACCGCAAACCCACAGUGGGGAAGAGAGGCCUCGGUGACGACAGGGCCCACGCCUGUGCCAAGGCCGACAUGCACUACUGCGCCGUGUGCAGCGACUACGCCUCGGGGUACCACUAUGGAGUCUGGUCCUGCGAGGGCUGCAAGGCCUUCUUCAAGAGGAGUAUCCAAGGACACAAUGAUUACAUCUGCCCGGCAACCAACCAGUGCACCAUCGACAAGAACCGCCGCAAGAGCUGCCAAGCCUGUCGCCUGCGCAAGUGUUACGAAGUGGGAAUGAUGAAGUGUGGGAUUCGACGGGACCGUAGCACCUACGGCCGGAACUCCAACGGCCAGUCCCGGAGGGUGCCUCGCCUGGUCACACGGCCCAGCUCGAGUGGCCAUAGGCGGGGUGGGGCGGGGGAGGAGGAGGUUGAGGGCCUGCACCAGGUGGCGGAGGAGGAGGAGGCAAUGAAGGAUCGGGCAGACGGGACGCUGACCCCAGAACAGCUGAUCGCAUGCAUCCUGGAGGCAGAGCCGCCGGAGAUCUACCUGAUGAAGGACGUGAAGAAGCCGUUCACAGAGGCCAACGUCAUGAUGAGUCUCACCAACCUCGCCGACAAGGAGCUUGUGCACAUGAUCACCUGGGCCAAGAAGAUACCAGGCUUUGUGGAGCUAGGUCUGCUGGAUCAGGUGCAUCUGCUGGAGUGCUGCUGGCUGGAGGUGCUGAUGCUGGGUCUCAUGUGGAGGUCUGUGGACCAGCCAGGAAGACUCAUAUUCUCCCCCGACCUCAUCCUCACCAGGGACGAGAGCAGCUGCGUGCAGGGGUUCAUGGAGAUCUUUGAUAUGCUGUUGGCUGCCACCGCCCGCUUCAGGGAACUCAAACUGCAGAAAGAGGAGUACGUCUGCCUCAAGGCCAUGAUCCUCCUCAACUCCAACAUGUGCUUGAGCUCAGCUGAAGGUGGCGAGGGAGAGUUUCAGAGCCGCUCCAAGCUGUUCCAGCUGCUGGACACCGUGACGGACGCACUGGUGUGGGCCAUAGCCAGGAGUGGGGGCAGCUUCCAGCAGCAGUCCACACGACUAGCGCACCUGCUCAUGCUGCUGUCGCAUAUACGCCACCUCAGUAACAAAGGCAUGGACCACCUGCACUGUAUGAAGAUGAAGAAGAUGGUGCCGGUGUACGAUCUCCUCCUGGAGAUGCUGGACGCCCACGUCAUGCACAGCUCCCGCUUGCCCCUUUCCGUCCCCCAGGAUGGCCCCCCUCUCCCCAGGGACGCCUCCAGGACCCCUGCCCCCCUCACCUGCCCCAGUCCACCCUGGCCUCCGACUGGGGUAGAGUGCUACAGCAACGAUUUCUAGCCCUGAAGACUGAUCUAUCUUAGAGCGUAGAUAGCCUGAAAGCUGCAGGGGAGAGGAAUCGAGACGGACAGCGUUGCUAACCCCUGCGUCGUAUGUACAGUGAAGCUCUGCCUAACUCACCUGCCAAAGGCUUUGACCUUUGAAAUUUCAGAAUCAGAAUCAGGUUUUAUUGGCCAAGUAAGUUUGCACAAACAAGGAAUUGGACUUGGUAAAGUGACUCUCAGUGUGCUUACACAAAAUAUACAUUACAACACAAUACAAUACAAAACAAACAUUUGACCUUUGACCUUUGAAACAGCACUCUGAAUGAAACUAAUCUCAGGAAACUGGGCCCAGAUAUCCUCAGUGGAGACUUCUCGGGCGGACGGAUUUCUGAAGUUAUAACAUCUGGAAAAUUCUCUGGCAAAAAAUAAAUAAAUACGAACAUUC